CUCCUCUCCACACGGUUCGGUUCAUUGCUACCCUGCAGUGUUUCCUUUUUUUCCGCCGGUCCUGCCCCUUCUCAUCUCUCGCUCCCCUGCUCUGCGGUGUGACGAGGCCGAAUCCUCUCCCCACCCAGCCCUCGACUUUCUUUUACCCGCGCUGUUCUAUUUCUCUCCUGCCGCCGCCGCCACCACUGCACAGCUGGUGUCGGUGCCGCGCUUUUUCCCCCACGUCGUCCCCGCAGCCUAUGGCCCAGGCCGCCUUGGGUAUUUCUGCUCAAGGUAACCACAUCCCUCUUUAAAAAUUCCGCCGAAAAAGAGAAGACGCUUUACCCGACUCUUUGGGCCGUUAUCUCACGGCGAACUUUCUGACCAAGUAUACAACUACCCAGAGGGCCUAGGAGAAGUGCUGUAUAGAGAGCAGUUCGACUUCAACGCUGAGCCACCUUGGGAACCUAGCUGAUGAUAGGGGGGUUCCAUCUCCUAACUUGUCCAUGGAGGUCUUCACUUCAGAAAUCCAAGACUCAUAUUCAUCCAGCUUGGUGUCAAGUGGGCUGUUGCUGCCAGAAUUAUCUUGUGAUUAUUUGAGAGAUGUGUCAGUUUCUUCUGAAGUACAAUCAACUGUAGAAGCCUUUGUAGCAGGUGUGUAACAAGUUUGUUGCAUAUUCUAAGGACCCAGACAUAAGGCUUGGCCCAUCUCUUGUUUUUCCUGGUUUAUGACUUUCCGCUUUGUGGAAUACGGCUGAGAUGAAAGGAUUUAUUGACGAUACAAACUACUCCGUUGGACUGUUGGAUGAAGGAACAAACCUUGGAAAUGUUAUUGAUAACUAUGUUUAUGAACAUACCCUGACAGGGAAAAAUGCAUUUUUUGUGGGAGAUCUUGGAAAAAUUGUGAAGAAGCACAGUCAGUGGCAAAAUGUAGUGGCUCAGAUAAAGCCAUUCUACAUGGUAAAGUGCAACUCCACUCCAGCUGUGCUUGAAAUUUUGGCAGCUCUUGGAACUGGAUUUGCUUGUUCCAGUAAAACUGAAAUGGCUUUAGUGCAAGACUUGGGUGUAUCUCCAGAAAACAUCAUUUACAUAAGUCCUUGCAAGCAGGUGUCUCAGAUAAAGUAUGCAGCGAAAGUUGGAGUGAAUAUCAUGACAUGUGACAAUGAAGUUGAAUUGAAGAAAAUCUCGCGUAAUCAUCCAAAUGCCAAGGUCUUACUACAUAUUGCAACAGAAGAUAAUAUUGGUGGUGAAGAGGGUAACAUGAAGUUUGGCACUACCCUGAAGAACUGUAGGCAUCUCUUGGAAUGUGCUAAGGAACUUGAUGUCCAAAUUACUGGAGUUAAAUUUCAUGUUUCAAGUGCUUGCAAAGAAUCUCAAGUAUAUGUACAUGCUCUGUCUGAUGCUCGAUGUGUGUUUGACAUGGCUGGAGAAUUUGGCUUUACAAUGAACAUGUUAGACAUUGGUGGAGGCUUCACAGGAACUGAAUUUCAGUUGGAAGAGGUUAAUCAUGUUAUCAGUCCUUUGUUGGAUGUCUACUUUCCUGAAGGAUCUGGCAUUAAGAUAAUUUCAGAACCUGGAAGCUACUAUGUAUCUUCUGCAUUUACACUUGCAGUUAAUAUCAUUGCAAAGAAAGCUGUUGAAAAUGAUAAAUUUUCCUCUGGAGUAGAAAAAACUGGAAGUGAUGAACCAACCUUCAUGUAUUACAUGAAUGAUGGUGUUUAUGGUUCUUUUGCAAGUAAACUGUCUGAGGACUUAAAUACCAUUCCAGAGGUUCACAAGAAAUACAAAGAUGAUGAGCCUCUGUUUACAAGCAGCCUUUGGGGUCCAUCCUGUGAUGAGCUUGAUCAAAUUGUGGAAAACUGUCUUCUUCCUGAGCUGAAUGUAGGAGAUUGGCUUAUCUUUGAUAACAUGGGAGCAGAUUCUUUCCAUGAACCAUCUGCUUUUAAUGAUUUUCAGAGGCCACCUAUUUAUUAUAUGAUGUCAUUCAGUGAUUGGUAUGAGAUGCAAGAUGCUGGAAUUACUUCAGACACAAUGAUGAAAAACUUCUUCUUUGUGCCUUCUUGCAUUCAGCUGAGCCAAGGAGAGAGCUUUUCCACUGAAGCUUAAACAGGCAUUAACGCUUCUUUAUAUCUGAAGUUGUGGGUUGAGCUUGUCUGGUCUACAUUCCAGUAUGGAAAAAAAUUUGAACGAUCUUAUUCUGUUAAUUCUCUUGGAAAUAACUAUUAGUAAUAGCUAUUUGGGACCAGACAAAGUCAGUUUUAUCUAUAAUUCACUGGGGGUAAUUGGGGAGAUUCAGAUAAUGUAUUGAGAUUUAAAUUUACCAGUUUGUCCUAUACCCCAUAAGCGUUUAAAAUAAAAUAUGCAACAAAAUGGAUGACUUAGUGGAGAUGGAAGCCCAUAAGUUGGGUGUCCCAUUAAACCGUUUACAUACAAGUACACAGUUUUUAUACUAAGGAUUUGUGUUUAAAAGUCUUGUAAAGUUAAUGUCUUUCACCUGGAUAUAUCAAAUGUUGGUGGAAGACCAGUGUACCAGUGUGACUUCAUUAGAUACAUUUAGUGUAUUUAGAAUGCGUAAAUUUGUGCUCUGAACUGUAGUUUAAUAAAUGUAAAAUUACUUCAUAGUGUUUGUUGUAUUUGACCUAAUGUAACCCUUGUAUGAUUGCAAUAAAAUUUUGUGUAGAUUUUACUGUUUUUUUUUCAGGCUAAAACUUUGGGAAAGGGGCUAGAUAGCAAAGGUAGUUUUGAAAUAGUUGUGUAUAUGAACUGUUUUCAAGGUUAUUUUCCUUUAUAGCCAUUAAGUUUAGUUUGACUCAAUACAUUUUUCAGUUAUUUAAUUAGUAAUUUAAGUAAAAUGUUCAGUAAAUCAUUAUGAAGUUCAGAUUCAUUAUGGAGAGUUGAUGUGCAGUAAGCAUGAUAUUUAACAAUUUUAACACCAAAAAUGUUAAUCCUUCAUAAACCAAUUGUAAUAAUAGGUGUUUCUGUAUAGUAGAAUACAUAGACUACCUUAGUAAAUCUUUGAAUCACAUAUCUUUUGGCUAAAGUGGAAGAUUCUAUUAAAUACUUUGAAUAAACUUGUGGGGAGAGAAAUAAAAUUGCAGAAAACUCUGCAGUAUACUAAAACUUAAAGAAGGGCUACAUCUAUAUCCAGAAACCUGAUGCUCUUUUGCACGGAAUAUUAUUUAAAUUCAGAGUUGUAAGGGGGUGGAGUGAAAUGCACCUAUUUUCAAUUGUGAUGAUUUCAAACUUUAGGGGUUUGUUUUAGUACUCACUUAGUUCCUUGUUGUUUCCCAUUUAUUCAGCUUAUUAAUUUUAAUUCUUUUCAUACUAAAAUUUUAUGGUAAUUGGGGAAAGGGAGUUAGCAUCACUAACCUGACGGUUGUUGCCAGGAAUCUGUGUUGUUCACUGCUAGUAUAUUAGUAAUCCUAGAUCUCAGAGUCACAAUAGUAAUAAACAACAGGGGUCAUUUUUUCCUAACUUACUCUAUGUUCAGAUGUGGAAUUUCUGUCUCCCAAGAGGAAAUGUGACUUCACUUUGGUGCCAAUGGACAGAAAAUUCUACCUGUGCUACAUAGUAGAAGUUUGGAAUGCACUUAACAGCUGGUUUUUAUACCUUGAUUUCAAGGUAGAAAGAAAUUGAUCAUGAAUCUCUAAUAAAUUUCAAUCUCUUAAACCAGUAGGUGCUUAAUAUUUUUGAUUUGAUUAAUGCCCAUUUGAAUUUCAUGGGUUCUAUUUUUAAAAAUUUAGGACCCCAAUCCAUUGUCAUCUGAUUAUCCUUGGACUUCUCCAAGGUAUAACAUGGGGUUUUAUGCAAAAUUCCAAGCUACCAUGCAACUUCUUAAAAACUGUAAUAAAAGAGGAGAAUUGUUCCCAACCUUCCUUACACGCUGUGUGUUACGGUCCAGAAAUGCCAAACCUUUAAAAAAGAUGGUACAACUUUGGAGUCCUUGGCUUGACUAUACAAAUUAGAGCUUUCAUGGCAUGUCAGUUUUGCCGUAUUCACAGGAGAGCUGUUCUGUGUAUAACUUGAGUUGCAAAUAUCAUGUGAAUGAGAUAGUAACCUUAAGAAAUGUCUGUAUUGUAUUUGAAGACUUUCUGCCAUAAAUCUAAGGUUUGAACUUAUGUAUAUCAAUUUGGUAUGCUAAAAAAAGUACUGAAUUAAUGUAACAAUACUUCUUCUAAAAACAAUAUUGUAAUCUCAGUUCAGAAUUUAACUGAAAAUAUAAAACCCAAGUGAUUUCUGUAUAGUAAAUUGAACUGUAAAGGUAACUGUGUGUGUGAUUCUGAAUACACAGAUAAAAAAAUGUUUUUAUUCCUCCUUACAUUUUACUUUGGCAUCUAUUGUGAAACAAAUUUGAUAUUUUACCUGUCAAUUUUGUGUAUAUUAACUGGCAAGCAUUCUUUCAGAAUCUUAUUUCAUUACAAAAUAACAGGUUGAGUCUGGUAAAAUGCUGGGCAUUAUGUAUGGAACAAUGAAGGUUUUGAUGAAGUCCAGUACAUAUAUGAGCACUGAGAUGCUUCUAGGGCCACAUUUUCUAGACACAUUAUUUCACCAGCCUCCUAACAAUUUUAAACUUGGACUGAAUGAAGUAAAUCAAUGUAAAUCAAGCUAGAUACUCCAAGUAAAUGUGGGCACUGAUCCCAUGCAAUGAAAAUACUGGUUAAAAAGCCACACUAUUCAAUAUUUUCUUUUGGUACCUUGUUGGGAGUUACUUUUUUCUCAAGUUAUUAGAAACUUGGCCAACAAAUGUAGUAAAGAAUGCUUGCCUAAUUGGCUUCAAAGUACAAAAUCAGGAAAAAACAAUGACUUUGUAGUCUUCCACUCUCAAACUGUUAAUAAAUCCUACAGAUACUUUAA